UGGCGAGGUGUGGGAAACUAGAGGAUAGAUCCGAAGAGGAAACGCUGGCUUCAUAUAAGAAUAUUAGGUGAAUAGAGGAAAAACACGAAGGAUAAGGAGAAGGGAGGAAAAAAGGUCAACGUUAAUAAAAUGCGUCAGCGUUCCGCUAAAACUCAACGAUCGUCUGACUCUCGUACCCCGACUAGGCACCAAGAUCCUCAUGCUCACCCUAACCCGUUGGAACUUCCAGAAUCGAGGCAUCUCGCGUUUGAUCAAGUUUCCUGUAUCAGUCAUUCAAGAAACUCCUACAUGCACAAAAUGACCGAGAUAUUCAUGACCAUCAUGGAUACGUUACCCUAUCGUGUUAUUUCAUGCUUUAUUCCGGAAAUUCCUUCGCAUCACAAGAGCAUGCUUGAGAGCAUUUCCAAGGAGUUCAUAGCCCCUUACGACGGCGAGAACCCUACUCAUGUGAGUUUGCUUCGUCGUCUAUGGGAAGGGCAUAAUAAGGUGAUGUUUGACGACUGCCCAUUCGAACCCGUUCACGAACGAUGGAAGGACCUAGGCUUUCAGUCGGCGGAUCCGUCGACGGAUUUUAGAGGCGCCGGCGUCUUUGCCCUUCACCAACUCAUCUAUUUGGUCGAAACUUAUCCAAAUCAUUGGAGUCGAUUUCUUGCCGCGAAGGAUUUUCUCAUUUCCUGCGUCGCCAUCAACGUGAGUAUGCGGAUCAUUACGUUGCUCCGAAUGAGCUCGCAGCGCAACCUCCUUUCCGUACGGAUGGCCGAAAACUAUACCAAUUUAUUGGCGAAGGAGAAGCUGUGCAAAUUUAUUUACAGCACCAACACCAGUGUGUCGUUUUACCUGCUUGCAGAUGUGUUUUGUUGUUAUAUGUACGUGCUCGAGAAGGUCUGGACGAGCUCCGGGAAGAGCUUAAUCGAGUUUAAUCGGGUCCUCGAGCAGGUGUGUAAAAAGUUUGAGAGAGAUAUAUGCAUGUCAAACGCCAUUGACGAUUUGUGUGUUUUAUAAUAGCUGUGCUGGUUAAAAGGCGAAAGCAGAGGAUGUUCUAUAUGCUAUAAAGAAAUAGUCAUAUUUACUCUCAAUAGGCGUUUUCGUUUCGAAGGACCUUAAUUAGGUGGUGCGACCACUUCUUUAAUUUUGGGGAAAAAUGCCAAACGAGAGGAGGGAACAAAA